CAGUGCCACCCACCAGUGCCACCCAGAAGUGCCACCUACCUGUGCCCACCAUCAGUGCCAAUAGUCAGUGCCCAGCGGUUGCGCCAGUCAGUGCCCAGCAGUGCCGCCAGUCAGUGCCACCUAUCAGUGCUGUCUAUCAGUACCCAUCAUCAGUGCCACCUAUCAGUGCCGCCUAUCCGUGACACCUCGUUAGUGCUGCCUAUCAGUGCCGCCUAUCCGUGCCACCUCAUUAGUGCUGCCUGUCAGUGCCAAUCAGUGCUGCCUAUCAGUGCCCAUCAGUGCUGCCCAUCAGUGCUGCCUCAUCAACGCACAUCAGUGAUGGAGAAAAAUUACCUGUUU